AUGCCGGCCGGAGGUUACAGCGUCCAGCCUCGUCUGGACUACCAGACGAUUGUUGGUGUCGAGGGUCCUCUCGUUAUCAUGGACAAUGUCAAGUUUCCGACCUUUGGUAAUUAUUUGCCAAUUUUCCGCAUGUCGCACUUGUCUUCCCCGUUGUUGAUGAGUAACGAAUGGCAAGCCAUCACCAUCGGAAGCAUGGGAAGUUUGUGUCUCACAAACUCCUACCUACUAUUUUUACCGAGAAAAGAACUCAGCAUCUCACCAACUCAACAGGUGAGAUUGUCAAUGUCUGCCUCGCAGAUGGUCGGGUGCGACAGGGACAGAUCCUUGAGGUCAACAAAAAGAAGGCCAUUGUGCAGGUGUUUGAAGGCACUUCUGGCGUCGAUGUGAAGAACACGCACAUCGAAUUUACCGGCGAUGUCCUCAAGAUGCCGAUCUCCGAUGACUUGAUGUUAUGGAUUACUUUGUGCUGCAUGACUCUUAUUCUUACUCUGUUGUCCUCUCAGCAAUUGUAGAUGAACCAAUGUGGUGGCCUUCGACGAUUUGAUGUUAUAAGUAUGUAAAUUGCUUUUUACUGCAUCUCACUUAAAAAUCGUACUAGCAUCUUGUUUUUAGUUAGAAUAAAACAAAAACAACCUCUAAUCAUCGGGCGAGCGUUUAAUGGUAGCGGAAAGCCGAUUGACAAGGGACCCCCAGUGUUGGCGGAGGAGUUCCUCAGUAUCCAGGGUAACCCGAUGAACCCAAAGGCCCGCGUCUACCCGAAGGAAAUGAUCGAGACCGGUGUCUCGACGAUCGAUGUCAUGAACUCCUUGGUAAAACGAAGUUUAUCUUCCUCCUCUGUGUUGAAUCUACUACAAACGUAAGUUUAUCUUCCUCCUCUGUGAAUCUACUACUUAUAAACGUAAAAUAUUGAUAAUUUUCUAAGUUAGUACUACUACUAUGUAGACGUAAAAAAAUUUAAGAAGCGAAGGGCAGUACCUAGAAAAUUUUGUUCACUGACUUAUAAUGAACAAAAGAGAAACAAGCAAAGGGAGCACCAUCCUGUGACAACUCUACCAGGUCCGUGGUCAGAAGUUGCCUCUUUUCUCUGCUGCGGGUUUGCCACAUAACGAGAUUGCAGCACAGAUUUGCCGACAGGCUGGCUUGGUAAAGGGAAAGGACGUGAUGGAUCAUAGUGUGGAUAACUUCUCUUACGGCUUCAUCUACUCAUAAUUUUUGAUCGAUGUAUUGUAUUCUUCAUCACAGUCGCUUGUCGCGUAAGCAGGACCUCCGUUUAUCCACAGUUGAUAUAAUUAAGGCUCAGCUUUCAAUGGUCAUUGGGGUUGGUCACUGGCGACCCCUUGAGAGAACAGGGGAAAGCGAAGGGAAAGGGGAGAGCUUUGAAGGGGGUCCCUUCCGUUCAGAAUCAGUGACCACCGAAGGCUGAGCUUUAAUAUGAAGAAGGAUAAGUAGGAGGUUACGAAGGAAGAUACGAGUACUACCUCUCUAAGUCUUCAUCGUUUUCGCAGCAAUGGGUGUGAAUAUGGAGACCGCGCGAUUUUUCCGCAACGAUUUCGAGCAGAACGGAAGUAUGGAGAACGUUGUGCUGUUCUUGAACUUGGCAAACGACCCGACAAUCGAGCGAAUUGUCACGCCACGGUAACACUUUUAAUUUGCUUUCUUAGGCCCCUCAUCUCUCUACUUUUGUUCUUUACCUCUGAAUACAACAGUUGUUCAGUCUGAGCAGUAGCAUAAACUCCAAAAUACCUUCACUCAUCAAUCGUAACUCAGUCUCGCCUUGACAACCGCGGAGUACUUCGCUUAUACCCGAGAAAUGCACGUGCUGUCUAUCAUGACCGAUGUGUCUUCCUAUGCCGAUGCAUUGCGAGAAAUCUCGGCAGCGCGUGAAGAGGUCCCCGGUCGACGUGGUUACCCAGGUUACAUGUACACAGAUUUAGCCCAGCUCUACGAGCGUGCUGGCCGAGUAGAGGGAAAGAACGGUUCUAUCACGCAGUUGCCAAUUUUGACUAUGCCGAACGACGAUAUUACCCACCCGAUUCCGGAUUUGACCGGUUAUAUCACGGAAGGACAGGUAACUUUUAUAGAUGCAUACCUA